AAGGCAUUCCGAGUGUAUCCAUUCCGUCUUCGUUUUAGAUUUCAUAAAUGAAAUUUGGCAGUUUUCCAGUCAAUGAGGAUCUAAGUUGUUUUACAUGCAUCAUGGAUGAUAAAUGGAAGAAGAACCUUUCUGACAACUUCAGUCUGAUUGUUAAGCAUGUAGACGAUCCUGUCGCUAUAGCAGAAUAUCUUCAUUACGACUGUAACCCACCAGUAUUUACAGAAGAAAAUGUACAAUGGAUGAAGCACCUGGAUGGGUCUAUCAAAAAUAAAACAAGAAGACUACUAAACAGACUUACGUACAAGCCAAAUUACCCACUUGUAGCGCUUUAUAAUGCCUUUAAAGAGACUCAAAAUACAGUUUUAAGAGAAUGCCUGGUGAAACAUGUGGAGAGUUACUACGCCGCACAGAGAAAGGACAUGAAAGUCAUCCCCCCCAACACGCUUCCUUUCAAAGAACCAGACUGGGAAGAAUUUCACAAGAGUGAUGUGGUCAAGUGUCAGAUUGAUUCGGAUGCCUUACUAAGGACUUUCAAGGAUACUGACAAUUAUGUAUACAUAAUGACAAAAGAAAUACGAGGGAGAGCUGUGAUUUUAAACAAUUUAAAUUUUAAAAAGAAGAAGAAAAAUAGAGAUGGUUCAGAGAAAGAUGUAGAGCUUUUGACCAAGACUCUUACACAGCUUCACUUUGACGUCAAUGUGUACCAGGACUUAAGUGCUGAGGACAUGGUGAAGACACUAGAAGAAGAAAGUCAGUCCAUUGAUCCCACAUCUGAGUGUUUUAUCCUGAUUGUGAUGAGCCAUGGAGUUCAAAAUGGUGUGCAAGGCAUAGAUGAAAAAGAGGUCACAUUUCAACAAUUGGCAAGCCUAUUCAACCCAGCAAAAUGUCCAGCACUCAAGGACAAACCGAAAGCUUUUCUUUUUCCAGUCUUGUCGGAAAGAAGGAGCAAGCCCUUCAUUAGGCCAGAGGAUAGGUCAUCAUGGGGCUGAGAACAACAAAGAUUUUUUGUUUGCUUUUGCGACGACAGAAGGAGGUGAAUCUAUACGCUAUGACGACACAGGAGCAUGGUUUAUCCAAGCAUUGUGCUGGGUUCUGAAGGGCGAGGCACACAGACUGAACUUACAAGAAAUGCUCACGAAAGUAAACGCCUUGGUGUGUGGUAUGGAAGAAGAUGGGAAGAGUUGUUUCUUUAUACCAGAAUAUAGGGGCAGUCUCGUGAAAAAUGUCUAUUUCUUCCCGGGUGUGUGUGGAGAUCCAGGAAAUCCAUUGACAAAUGAAAAAGUAGGAAAAGUUAAACUAGUGCCCAGUGAGGAGGAAAUGACAAUGUAAGAAUGUCGGACUGAACAUUACCCCGUGGGAAGGAAAUGAUGAUGUAAAUAUGUCACACUGAACAUUACCCCGUGGGAAGGAAAUUUACUCAAUGUUCUGUCUCUGUUUGGUGACAAAUGUGGUGAUAUUGUAGAUAUUUGACCUUUUAUAUUCCAUUUUUGCAGAUUUGACAUUAUCAUACUGAAAUCAUUUAGAUGACUCAAAUCAGGAAAUCUAUCCGAAAGCAUUGCAGCAAAAAAUUAAAAAUUAAACAUUCUAAAUUUAAAGGACACAUCUACCACUAGACUAUUGUAGUGCCUCUUCCACACAAGUGUUGAAGGAGUCAGUAUUUUGUGACCUAGACCUCUAUAGGUUUACUUAGCGAAAAAAUGAACCCCAACAAACUAUUGAAAAUCAUCAACUUUAUUGGAAAUGUAAAAAACAUAUGGAAUAUAUUGAUCAACAAGAGUAAAAACUUAACAAACAGUACUCGGUAAUGUGUAGAGUUGAUUUGAACAUGCUAUGGCAAGAUUUCAGAGCCAGGAAUCUCCCGAGUCUCAUUAGAAUCACACAAUAACAAGUGUAUAGACAUUUAUAUCAAAAGGAAAAAACCCAUGCAUUGAUUUUCUGUUCAGUUUUGUACCAGGAACAUCUUUUAAUUCUGAGGUGCCACUAUAGUGAGUAUUUCUUCCAUCAUUUUAUACUAAAACAUAGAUUUGUAGUAUGUAACAAUAUUUUACACUGCAAAUUUUGUCCUGCAAAGUUGUUUUGAUUUUAAAAUCUCUUUAAAAAAAACGGAACAAGUAAAUUAGGAUCAAGAAUGAAUGAUGCUUCCGUCAUUCAAACAACUGUUAUCACAUUGUUAACAAUAAGCCGACAGACAACUGACAAAGUGUUCGCCUUAACAAUAAGCCGACAGACAACUGACAAAGUGUUCGCCUUAACAAUAAGCCGACAGACAACUGACAAAGUGUUCGGACAGGCGACCGAUGUGUAAUUCCAAGUGAAGCUGACUUCUGAUCAUGUGACAAUCUAAGACUCAAGUCUUACAUACUAUGUAUAUUCAAUCAUAUUACGUUACAUUUUAUUAUGUUUUUUGUGAUUGAUGAAAUCAUUAUCUACCUGUACAUAAUGUAUGAGAAAAAACACCAUGCUAAGCAAUGAUAAUCUAUAUAUAGGUAAGUUAUGUUUAGACUACAUUUUACUUGAUAUAUUAGUAGUGUAUACUGUCAUAACUGGCUUGACAUGCAUGUACUUUACUUUGAAGUAGAACUGUUAUUGUUUAAUGUGUUUUAUGUGUAAACAAAUUAAACUUAAACUAUAUAUUGUUUAAAAGAAGUUGAAUUUAAAACAUUACAAGCUUGUUUAUUUGAUAAACAGAUUCUUGCAUUUGUUUUUUGUAAUUCCUUCAUUUUCAUCUUUUGCCAGAUACUUCGUAAAAUGAUCAAUUUAUUCCUUAAUCUUAAAUAAAACUGAAAUUCAUGUCUUCUGUAUAUCACAACACUAAUAUGUUAUAGAGUACAUAUUUCUUAUGUACAUGUAUUCAUGGUGGCCACCAUACUUUUCUAUAUAGAAGUUAUCACAACACUAAUAUGUUAUAGAGUACAUAUUUCUUAUGUACAUGUAUUCAUGGUGGCCACCACACUUUUCUAUAUAGAAGUAGGAAUAAAACAAUGUCAAUAUU